AUGCCGCUCGUCCAGUCCAUCAUCCGCAUCACCAAGGAACUUGGGGCUCUGCAAAAAGGCUCGGAUCUAUCUCUCGCCGUAGCAUGCCGCGACAUCGAUGUCCGCAACGUGAGGGCCCUCAUCAUCGGCCCUCAUCAAACUCCCUAUGAGUUUGGUUUCUUCGAGGCACCAAGCGUGAUAUCGGUCACAACCGACAGGGGUCGAUGUAGGUUCAACCCCAACAUCUACUCCGACGGAAAAGUAUGCCUGACCUGGCGAGGUGAGAAGGGGGAGGAAUGGUCCUCUGCCCAAGGGCUGGAGUCGAUCCUCAUAUCCAUCCAAAGUCUCAUGUCAUCGAACCCUUACGAGAACGAACCGGGGUUCGAGAGUGCAGACACUGUGGAGGACCGCAUGCUUCAGAAGAGCUACAACCAAAAGAUUUCCCACGAGACGCUACGCAUAUCCGUCAUCAAUCGGCUCGAGGGCUAUCUAGGACUGAAGCCUGACGGCACCAAGGAUACCACCGACGGCAGUUCUGGCGGCGCGGAUGCUGACGAAGCCGACGAAGCCGCUGCGGCAUUUGAGCCAUUCAAGGACCUCUGCAAGAACCGCUUCCUCUGGUACUAUGACUCCUACCUUGCCAUCACACAACGCGGCAAGGAGGAAUCCGAAACCGGCGAACAAUUUGUUCGAAUGCCUUUCGAGUCGCACGGUAGCAAUUCGAUGGAGGGGGUUUUCGACUUCACGUCGUUGGAGAAGAGGCUGGUCGCCAUAAAGUCAGCACUCGACCAUGAAACUCGUUCUUGGGAGCUCGAGGGCGCCACAGCCGCCGCAUCCGAAAGCACAGUCGCUAUCAAUCUCAAGCACCAGUACAGUCAGGUUGUCUCCCGGAUGAGGAUGCAGACGGCCCACGAUGCGAUUCUGGAAAACAACAACCCCUUUGUCUGGAUCGUAACAUACUUUGGACAGCUCGGCACCAAGCUCGACGGAGGCCUUUUCCGCAUCAGGAUAACUUUUAGCCCUCGCUUCCCCUGGGAGCAACCACGCGUCCGGUUCGAGACCAAGAUAUUCCAUCACCUCGUCGCCAAGGACGGCACCGCGUGCUACACGCCCAACCCUGCCAAGAGGGAGGACGUUUGGUCCCAUAUCGAAGCCAUCAUCGAUAUACUCGACGACGAAGACCCGGCCUACGACCCGAGGAAGAUAGUCAACCUCGAGGCCACAGAACUGUACUGGAAUGGAAAGGAGAGCGACAAGAAUAAAUACUACCGGCGACUAUGUCGCUCUGCCCAAGACAGCGGCGAGUAA